AUGUCGGUUCGUUCCAACCGUUCUCUCUCCCCAAUCAAUGUCUUGAUCGGAUACUCCUAGUUUCAAAUCCAUCUUUGCCUUGUUGUCACCCAUGUCUGUUAAUGUAUUUGGUUAGCAUUGUAAAGUCACAUUGUGAGUGUUUAUUCUACCUAAGAGUAGGCUGAAGUCCACUGUUAGGAGCGACGCAAACGCUUGCGGUGCUGAUACAAAAUACGUCCCCCUGUAAGUAAGGGAUUGUGGUAUUUUGUUCCGCUCUCUUCUCAGUUGGGAUGGACAGGAAGGCACAAAUUAGACGUAUCUGCUGCGCACCUGCAAUAAAUUGCCAAUUAAUUGAAUUUCACUAAACAUAAUCUGGCACACAGUGAGGAUGAGCUACACUCUUUCAUGUAAACCGUCAUAAUUCAAUUCUGACAGAUUAAAGCAGACCUUAACUGCAACAAUAUAACGCAUCCGUUGGAAACAUGAUAUCACAUUUAGAAAGUAUUUCAUUUUAUUUGAUUAUGGCUUCUCGUGUACGCUCGGACAUCGCUGGAAAUCCUUACGAUAGGCUCGAGAUUCUUCCUGCCGAUUUAUUCGGAAUUGCCUCUAACCCGAAGUUUGUUCCUACUCAAUCACAAAGUCCUAACAGACUUCAGAGUAUCGUUGACCUAGAGGUGAAAGACGGAUUUAAACUCGAAUGCGGAGAAACAAAAAUGCAAAUAACGGUAAAGAGGGAAUUCUUCGAGACGAGAGGCAUCUGUUUUUCACCAGACCUACUUAAUCUGGGCGAUAAUUUGACCUCAACCGGUUCCUGCAGGGCCGUUUCGGAAGAUGAUAAUGAAAUUGUCAUUUCGUCGACAUUACUAGGCUGUGGGAGUAAAUCAAGGGUGAUUGGUGACUGGCUGGUGUACUCCAACGUGCUGGUGUUGACACCUGGCUUGUUCAUAACUCCUAGAGGUACACUUAUAUUCACAGGGGCUAGAACCGUCAUACCUAUAGAGUGCCACUAUAGAAGGAAGCAGAGAGUGAGCGGAGAGCCCCUAUCCCCAACAUGGCUGCCUAUGACCUCCACCAUCACUGCUUUCGGCCUACUGCACUUCACCCUCCGUACAAUGACGUAUGACUGGAGCUCUCCCCGCAGUUCCUCUGUCUACCAGCAGGGGGAGCCAGUGUUCCUGGAGGCCAGUGUGAAGGCACCGCUGCACCCCCCACUGAGGCUCUUCAUUGACAACUGCGUGGCCACCCUCACCUCUGACCCCCUCUCCUCACCCAGCUACAAGUUCAUCACCGAACAUGGGUGUCUUGUGGACAGCCUGGUGUCUCCCUCCCAGUUCUACCCCAGAGCAGGGGGGCCGAACACGCUUCGUUUCGCCGUUCAGACCGUCCAGUUCAGCACGGAGCCUGGAGACCAGACCUUCAUCACCUGCCACAUGAGAGCCUCUCUGGCACGCAGACGCCCUGACCCCUUCAACAAGGCUUGCUCCUUCCAUUGGCCCUCUUUUAGAUGGCGAGCCCUGGAGGGGGACGGUGCUGUUUGUCUGUGCUGCCACGAUAGAGACUGCUCAGGACAGACGCUAGCCAAGAGCACGACGCAAGCCCACCUGGACACAGGUGACACCCACCUUUCAGAUACAUAUGGCUGAGUGUGAGUGAAGGAAUCAGACACCAUGGUUGGUCCUCUUCAGAUUCAGCCCAGCUCCUAUUGGAUGGAUCACCUGUCACUCAUUAAGGACCUGUACAGUUUGAACUUGAAUUGAACUCAAAAAUAAUAUAUCUUGCAUAGAAACCUACAAUAAUAAAGGGAGAAACUGG